AUGGAGCGGUCUCGCCAGCAGAUAACUGACAAUGCCCAGCCUAUUAUUCCUCUUGUCACGAUUGAAGCAGGAGUAGAUGAGGACCAGGUUGUCAGAGUUUCACACUACAGGGAUGCGAAGCUGAGGUUUGCACACAGCACAAUCAGCCCCGGUGUGUCUGCCGACGAUGUCAUUCUCGUUGUGAUUUCAGAAGAUGCCUCGAUGAGGAUCAUCGAAUACUCUGUCGCCAGAUCGGUAGGCACGGUUGUCUAUCUGGAACAAGUCGGAGAGAAAGACAAUGUCCAUGUUGCUUGGGGCGCGGAUGCUCUCGAUGAGAGCUUUGUGCGAUUUCUCGACACAAAGUACAGCAGUUUGGGCAUCCUCAACAAAGAGGCCAUCGAAUUGGCGUUGGUGCACUUCAAAUCAAAGAUCAAAUACGACUUUGACAAUCGCUUGGACGACCCUGAAGUGGCGACCUACUUGCCAAUCAAGACUCAGUCGAGGCAGGGAGUCGAGAUCAUCUGGGACGCCCUAACGGCGAGAGAGGUUCGAAUCAUUCUGGACCCUGUCGUCGAGGAGACCAUUUGCUUCUUGAAGGGCAGCGUCUGCAACCGCGAGAGAUCAGUGUGGGCAGUCAUACCGAUCGGCCCCUUUUUCCGCUGCACUUAUCUGACGACUUGUCUUCAGGCCGCUUUGCGGCCUGCAGCUUACAUGCCUGUACGAAUCAUGCCAAUGGCUUCUCCUCUGGAGUCGGCCAGCGUCGCAGCCAAGUCACCGAGGUUCGAGACGAGCUAUGGCAUCUGCAUUUGUGAGAAAUACAUUGAAGCCCUCCACGGACACUUGUCACGCAGCAAGUGUCGCUCCACAGUGAGCGGGGAUAUUGGCAUUGAGUUGAUGUCUUGGUUCGUCAAGAAGGGCGACACAGUGGCCGAGAACGAGACACGAUCUAUCGAGUUUUGGCAAAGACACCUCGGUCAGAGCGGGAGGCCAAAAGCCCUCGAAUAUGCGAUUCUCUAUGACAACGCUGGCCGUGAAUUAGCUUCUCGGAGCUUGGAGAUUGAUGAUCAUAUGGCUGCUUUGGGCACAGUCUCUGCAGACCUGAGUGCGGUGCCCGAAUCAGAACUUCCCCGGGUCCACGGGGCCGACAGGCAGUGGUACUAUGAGUUCGACGUGAAGAUCGAAGUCACCUUUCAACGAGAAGGAGUGUCGUGUUCGAUACGGUGCAACGACACUCGGUACGGUCCAACUUUCCUCGGCUACGAGCGAGGCAUCAAAAGCAGGGUAAUCUAAAGUUACUGUGUGGC